AUGACAUGGGGUCAACAGAAUCUCGGAUCUCAACCUGGAGCAAGUGGAGUCGACCCACUGCAUCUACCCAAGGAAAUCCGAAACUUGGAUAAUUUCACAAAUCACAAAUCAACCUCGACUGGGAGCAAGUGGAGGUUAACCACUGCAUCUACCCCAGGAGUUGCAAACCAAACCCGGAGCAAUGAAAUCAAUGCCACUGCAUCUACACAGGCAGGUGUCUCACCAUAUCCCGAAGCAAGUGGAUCGAUGCCACUGCAUCUACCCAGGCAGCUUUGUUACAAUCAGUUGACAGGAAGCAUACCUACACAGCUUGGUGAUUUGAAAAAGCUUAGUGUUCUUGCUUUGCAAUCGAAUGAGUUAACGAGUGCAAUCCCUGCUAGUCUUGGUGAUUUGGGAAUGUUGAUGAGACUAGAUUUGAGCUCUAAUCAGCUAUUUGGUUCCAUUCCCUCUAGACUAGCUGAUGUUACUUCACUACAAGUUCUAGAUGUUCACAACAAUACGCUCUCUGGGAAUGUAGCUCCUGGUAACAAUGAUUUGCUGAUGGUUAUCUUAAUUUGUUAG